AUGUUACUGACAGCACUGACGGCGGGUCUCCUCAUCCUGCACUGCUGGGAGAGAUCGAGUGGCAAACAGAGCGGAGAAGAGGGAGGUAACACAGACUCUCUCCAGAACUGCAGAAGUUGCCAGGAUUGCUCGCCUGACAAUGGUUGUUUGACCUGUCAACAGAGACUCUUCCUCUUGAUUAGAAGAGAGGGGAUCCGACAGCAAGGAGAAUGUGUGCACGCAUGUCCUGUGGGACACUAUAGCCUCCGCGGACAGGAUGCAAACAGAUGUCUGAGAUGUAAGACAACGAAUUGUGAAAGCUGCUUUAGCCGAGAAUUCUGCAUCAAGUGUAAAUCUGAACACUACCUGCUGAAGGGGACAUGUUACAAUAUAUGUCCCAAAGGGUCAGCUCCACAUGCCAGACUGAUGGAAUGUGUGGACGGGUGUGAGGUUGGCCCCUGGAGUGAGUGGGGACCCUGCCUGAAGAACCAGCAGACGUGUGGCUUCAAGUGGGGGUCUGAGACCAGGACACGGCACAUCCUUACACCUUCAACAAAGGACUCGGAGCCGUGCGUUGCGCUGUCGAUGUCAAGGAAGUGCAGGAUGAAGGAGAGACACUGUCCCGGAGAGAAAAGGAAGAUGAAUAAAACCAGAAGAAACAAGCAUAAAAAGAAGCUGGAAGUCGAACUGGGAUCGGAGGAGGGGGAUUUCUCCUCGUAA